UCUGCUCCUCUAUCAUCAAGAUCAUGCUUUCUCUUUCACAUUCGUGCUGCUAAUGCUAACAUGUAGAAUAAUUACUGUUACUGGGAGCUUGAGUUUUUUUUUUUAUUUUUUUUUUAUCACGACGAUACUCAGCUAACGCCUUUAACUUCCACAAGGAGAAGUGCUAUCUGUUUUCUUUGUAUGGCAGAAUGCACUUUAUUGUACUUCUGAGCUGCCUGGCUGUGGCAGUCACUGAACAGCCAGUGGAUGACGACUGGAUAGAUCCUUAUGAUAUGCUCAACUACGAUGCCAGCACAAAAACUAUGCGAAAACCCACUGAGUCAUCCAACUAUCCCAAUGUGCCAACCAAAAGAAGAGGAUACAAUGAGAACCCAGAGGAGCUGAGUGAAUGCAACCGACAUAUGCAGGUUUUACAGAAACAGAAUGAAAACCAGCAGAAAACGAUUACCCAGCUGUCUCAGCAACCUACAUGUAAUCCAGUGUUCAAGAGAUUCCUCAGCAGACUCCUCAAGGAAAUUGAAAGAGUUGGUUCGCCAACUGACUCUGGAGACGGUCUGUAUGACGCCCACAUAAAGGUUUCCAAACAGACCCUGGCAGAGAUCAGGGCUUUGUUGGAUGGUGAGGAGAGCUGGAGAACAGGGGCCCUGGACAAUGCUAUCAGUCAGAUACUUACUGAUCUUCGCCCACAUGACUAUGAGGCUUGGAUAUGGCGUUUUGAGCACACAUUUGGUGUAGAGCUGUAUACAUUAUUGAUGAUUGCAGUCUGUCUUCUGGUGAUUGUGGCCAUCAUAAGCACUGAGCUGUGGUCAGCCAUCAGUUGGUUUGUGCAGUUCAAGAGGUUAUUUGCUGUCUGCUUUAUGAUUAGUAUUGUCUGGAACUGGUUUUACCUCUAUAAGAUUGCAUUUGCAGAGCACCAAAAUAACCUUGUCAAGAUGGACAAUGUUAAUCAAAAAUGUACAGGAGUAAAGAAAAUUGACUGGAGUGAUAGUUUGAAAGAGUGGUUUAGAAGCACUUGGACUCUACAGGAUGAUCCUUGUAAACAGUACUAUGAAGUUCUAAUGGUAAACCCCAUUUUGCUGGUGCCUCCAACCAAGGCAAUUUCUGUUACCAUCACUACUUUUAUCACUGAACCACUAAAGCAUUUUGGCCAAGGAAUCAGUGAGUUUCUUAGAGCUCUUCUUAAAGAUCUCCCUGUUCAACUGCAAAUUCCAGUUCUUCUCACUAUCGUGCUCUCCAUACUGGUGUUCAUGUAUGGAGGUGUGAAUGCAGUCUUCCAGCAUGGCAUUAUGGCACCUUUCCGCAGACCACAAAGAGAUCCACUUGGUCGUCUUGAGCCUCCUCCUGGGAAUAAUGUGCCUCGAAUUGAAGGAGGAGGGGACGGACCAUAUUAUGAGCCGUCACCACAACCACAUCAGGGCCAAGGUGAUGGAGGAGGGGACAGACUUGGAAACCAAGUCCGCCAUCGUCCUGUGAACAGAGGCCGAGAGCAGAGGCAGAAGAUCAUUGUUCAGAACUUGGGAAAUAUGGACCACAACAUAGAUGAGAUGGAUGCAGAUGUGCAUGAGUCUCACUCAGAUUCAGAACUGUCCAAUUUGCAGGCAACAGUUGAGUCGGAAUCAGUGGGCAACGUGAACCAAGCUGAAGCCAAUACAACUCGGGCUAAAACUAAAACUAAAGAGACACUAAAUAAGAAACCUCCUGGUGCCAGCAGUGAAGUUACAGAAGCCAGAACUCCACCAGACACUGUAGCACAGAAAAAUGCAUCAAAGCGUGAAUCGCCACAAAUAAAGGGGGAUGUUCAGAAGCAAGAUGCCACUGAAACAACUCCAAUCCCUGAUGUGUUACCCAAAACUAUUAGAAGAAUAGAAAGUAUUGGACAUCCUGUUCAGGAAACGUCACCAGAAGAGACCACAUAGAUGCCAAAUCUGUAUUGAUUAGGGGUGUAAUGAUAUCCAAGUCUCACGAUACGAUAUCGUCACAGUAUGAACCUCAAAGAACUAAGACUUAAAAGUGCUUAGAACUGUUAUUUCUUCUUGUAGUCUACACUGAAAUGGAGCAAAGGAUCAUGGUCUGUGUAAUUCCCUCUGUCUUUUUUUAGCUGUUGCUGCACCAUGACUCUUAAUUUAAGCAAAGAGACCUGUAAUUCAGUAUAUAUUGUGAUGGGCCACUAUUUUAUUGUGAGAACUUUGAUGAUACAAUAUCACGAUUUCAGUUAUUGUUGCACCCCUAGUAUAGAUUUAGAUUUAAUUAUUGUUUUAAUCUAGCCGGGUGUCAGGCCAAACACCCCUCUUUGGCUUUAGAUAGCCACUUGCGUAUCACAUUCUGUUCUCAGAGGAUGAAUGAAUGAGUUCAGUAAAAGGAACAAUGUGAACUGGAGGCCAAAUCACUGACCAGUCAAAUUGACCAGUUACAUUAAGUAAAUAUUUUUUUAUAAUACCUACAAAUCUUGAUGGCCUCUUGAGGUGCACUUUUAUUAUUGACUGUACCGUAUGUUUAUGGUUAUGCUGGUUCCUUGGUGAGCAACAUGUGAUGUUGUCCAUUGUUUUUCUAUUAAAUGAUGACCGUUGUAAACGAUAUUUUCUUGUUUCUAAACUUUAUUCAGUGUAAUUAUGCCAUUUAUACAAUAAAGACCAUGCUCUUUAAA